AUGCACGCCGUAAAAAUCUGGCAACGAUGGUUACUAUCGGCGCUCCUCGUCAUUGGAUGCCUAGCUCUACUCGGAAGUCUCUGGUACAUCCGGACGCCUAGUGCCGGAUAUCAGGUUUCUGACGGAAUAUCCACGACCAUACCACCACGGGCCGAUGGACCGACAAAGUACAGGGGACCUGUGACGAUGGUGGCGGUGACUUGUGCGGACGGCUUGGAACUGACCAUGACGAGUCUCAAGUCCGCCGCCGCAUUCUCGAGAGCUCCCCUGAAGCUGAUUCUGUACGCCGACGUGGAGAACAUCAAACUUCUUCAAGACAGGAUUAUGCAGUGGCCAGAGAGUGUCUUAGCCCGGAUCACCUACGACCUCCGCUUGGUCAUGUUCCCGAAAAAGGACUUCGACAAGUGGAAGCACUUCUUCGCCCCCUGCUCUUCACAGCGACUCUUUUUGCCGGACAUGCUACUGAAUGAGGACGCGGUUCUAUACGUGGACGCUGACACCCUCUUCCUGGGCCCUGUCGAGGAUCUCUGGGAUGUCUUCGACAAGAUGAACAAGAGUCAGAUGGUGGCCCUAUCUUACGAGGCUGAGGACCCAACUACCAACUGGUACCAGCAGCACGCCAAGCACCCUUACGUUCCGCCUUUUGGAGUGAACGCCGGCGUCAUGCCCAUGAACCUUACGCGCAUGCGCGAAUUUGACUGGGUGUCGCACAUGGAGGCUCUGCUCAAGGAGUACGAAGGCCGGAUUCCCUGGGUCGACCAGGAUCUGGUGAACAUUCUCUUCAGCGCCCACCCGGACAAGCUGUUCCUGAUGACGUGCCGGUGGAACUACCGCCAGGACAACUGCCAGUUCCACUCGUCGUGCUUGGGUCAAACGCCCGCCCUUCUGCAUGCCAACCGGAGGUGCUUCUUGGUGCCAGACAGGGCUCCCGCCUACACUGCCUUCCACCCUGUUAUGCGGAAGUACGAGCUCGGCACAAGCCUGGAGCGGAACUUCAUCGAUCCACUGGAACGCGAGCUGCACCGCGUUCGGCGAAACGAGUGUGUCGUUCAAUUCCUGCUUCACUCGAAGCAGUGGCGCACUUUAGCGAGACAGUUGGACGACGAACGAGGUUACAACGACGACUCCAGCGACGAGAUGACAUCCUGA